GACAUUGUUGCUGAGGACUUAAUUCUGUUCUUCCAGGUGCUAAUUUCUAUCCUCGAGGACUUAAUUCAUCUCUUGUUUUGCCUCAUCUUUAUUACCUAGAUUGUUGUCAACUUCGGAUUCGAAAUCCAAAGCUUUAUUCGAGUUAGAACUUUGAAGAUUUGAGCUCAGUUCAAUCGUUCUAAGGCUUUGCUUGAGAGCUUUGUCCCUCUUUUUUGUGUUGUUGAUGACCUUCGGGUUCAAAAUCGAAACCUUAUUCGAGUUGGAUGUUGAAGGUUUGAACUAAGAUGGGAUCGAUUCAGAAUACAGUCCAUUAUUGUUGUGUUUCGAAGGGUAACAGGACUCUCUAUGAAUAUAGUGGUGGAGAUCAUGAGAUUGAAAAAAUAGCUGCCUUGUGUUUGGAAAGGACUCCGUCGUUCCACAAAUGGUAUUUCGAGACGGUAGGUAAAAAGACUUUCGGGUUUUUGUUCGAAGACGGGUGUGUUUAUUUUGCAAUUGCCGAUGAAGCUGUAGAAAACCAUGGUGUUCUUCGGUUUCUUGAGCACAUGAGAGAUGAAUUUAGAAAUGUCAGUAGAAAGGGUUCGAGAAGUAGUUUCUCGAGUAUGAAUUCAAUGGGCGUCGAAGAGCAACUAGUGCCGGUUAUCCGGCACUUGAUAACUUCACUAGAACAAGUUUCGAGUAAUGGCAAUGAUUGGAAAGCUGAGGUUACGUUAUCAGAUUAUGCAGGUCUAUCCCCAUCUCCAAGCAAUGCAAAUGCCCAACUCAAAGCUGCUAGUUCCACGAAAGCCCCAUUGUUGGGAAAACAGAGCAAGCACGAGAAGAAGAAUAAGGAUCAUGUGCUUGUGGUGAGAGAUAUCGAGUUGGAGGAACAUCGGAAAUCGACAGAUAGAGGAGUGAAAAUUGAUCCGACUGCAUUAGAUUCUAAUAACCAAAACGGAUCAAGUUCGUCAAUAACAUUACAAAAGGACUUGGGUUCAACAAGGACCAGGCCUGGUUCUCAAAACAUCCACAAAAAGUGGUGUCACCAUGUCCGGAUCAUUCUCGCCGUAGAUGCGGCUAUUUGUUUAGUAUUGCUAGUGGUUUGGUUAUCAAUCUGUAAGGGCAUAUCGUGCAUCCGUUAAUGAUUCCGAUUCAAUGCCGACAUUCAAAGUUUCAUAGUGCAGACCAUAGAUUGUAAGCCGGUUUGUAUUUU